AAGUUCUGUAUUUUUUUACAGAAUAAGAAGCAAGGUAAGCUCGGAGUAAUGCUCGUGUGUUUUUUUAAAAUUUAUCUAGCGUGAAUCAAUACACGUGCGUUUUCGAGAUUUUUUCAUAUAAUUUUUUUAAUAUAAUCCGAGAGCUCGCUGGAUUAUUGGCAGGAUUCAUAUGUAAAAUAUCUAUGUUAUAGAUAGUGAAAAUAAACAGUUAGGUAAACAAUCUGAUUAGUCUGAAGCAAACAAACAUUUUAAAAUGGCGACCCAGAGUAAGCCCAGUGAUCACUUUACCCUUGGGGAUUGGAACACCUCAAAUUUUACCAUCGCCACCAAUGCGGAGAGGGGCAGAGACACUUCUUUUGCAGUCAGACAGGAUGGCAGACACCUGAUUAAUGACACAGGAAUCAUCACAAGGUGGAACCAGCAAGACAACAAGACACGACUGGAGAACAGAUGUGACGACAUCCAGAAAUGGCGGGAUAGACUGGAGGAGUCACGUGACCAGCUGGAUGAGGAGAUAGCGAGACUGAAGGCGGACAAGGAAGUAUGUGAGAGGGCACUGGAGGCCAAGGCACUGCCUCUGGAUGUGGCCAACCAGGCACUCACCACCAGAGAGGGCAGACUGAAGAUAGACUUGGUGGACGACAUACCCACUGCCGAAUUGAGAAAGGAAGUGGAGAUAAUUGAGGGAACCAAAGUGGCACUGCAGCAGAAAUGUGCACAGUCGUUUGAGCAGCUCUGCCGUCUGGAAGAAGCGAGGAAGCAGAUCCUGAGAGACUUGGAACACAAACAUGUGGCCCUAGACAUCGACAAUGAACAGGCCGAAUUGACCCAAGACAGUGCAGAGAUCUGUUUCCAGCCAAACCCCACACGCAUUAGCAAAGGUCACAUUACGCCCCAAGAGUGGGAUGCUCACAGCAGAUACAAUAGAGCAAGGGCGGAGGCGGAGAUGCAAGCUUCUAUUGCUCUCAGAGGUGCCAUCAACCAGACCAUAAGACAGACAGCGAAUGACGUGGAGGCACAGAAGGAGGCGACUGAGUACUCUUUGCGCAACAGAAUUGCAGAUGUGGAGAAGGCUAAGGUGGAGGACGAGUGGCAGAAGGAUAGGACGGAGAAAGAGAUCGCUGAGAUGCGCAAGGACAUCGCUGGUAUGGAGCAGGCGAUUAGAGACAAGGAGGCACCCCUCAAACUUGCCGAGACCAGACUGGAGAACAGGACUUGCAGACCCAGUGGACUGGAAUUGUGUCGGGACAAUGCCCAGUACGGUCUGGUGAAUGAGGUCAACGAGAUCAAAAACACCAUCCGCACCCUCAAGGACAAGCUCAAACAGGAACAACACGAGCUGACGAAUUGCGAGCAUAAUCUGCAACGAGUGAUGGAGGACUUGGCCCUGAAGAACAACUCUUUGGCCCUGGACAAGGACGUAAUGGAGGGCAGAAAACAAUUGGACGGGGUCAAUCACAAUUUCACAAAGACUGGAACUUCGAGCCAGUACCACACCAUGAAGAGCGCCCUAGCUGCCUAGAAAUACCUAACACCAUGCAGAUGACAGGGCUGGAUGAUGAGACACAAUUGAGACUGAAAUAUUAGUUCUUAUUUACCAAAGACGUUUCAAAUGCUGUGAACAUUUUGGAAAGGAACCAAUUCUUUUUUCUUAUAUGCUUCUCCUUUUGAUCCUUUGUCCUUUAUAUUUCAUCGACAGAUAACAAUGAACUGUAAAAGACUAAUACAUCUAUCUAAUCAACCUAAGUGCAAAAAAGCCGCCUGUUAUGCAAGUAGCUCAAUGUUCGUCCCUAGUUUUGUGCAAAAUAAUUGAAUAUAAAUGGAUUAAGCGAACAACCGUGAGCUUUGAUUCAGAGGGUCAGACACCACUUCCAUAAGUUGCAAAAACUCAAAACGAAUCAACACAUAAGCUUGUUUUCCGAGUUUGAUUGCUUUACUUUUUUUGGUCAUUCUUAAUCUUCCUCACUCCACCUCUCCCCACACAUCAAGUUUAAAACAAACAAAAAGCUGUAGUUAUCCUAAAUUGCCUAAAACGGCAAAUUUCAAAACACCAUAACUUCAAACAAGACUGCUCGUAUAUCACGGUGAAGCCUUGAAUGUUCCGAUUGCACUUUAAGGCCAAUUAAAAGCUUUUCGGUUUAAAUUGGACGAAAAAAUCUUUAAAAAAAAGAAAAAAUACUUUUUCAUUUUUUCUUCAAUUUGUGCCUUCAUACGCUUAAAUGGAUAAACUACAAAAAUGAUGUAUUACGCGUCUGUACUAAUUAUAAAACUAAAUGGUUUGCCUCAAUUUAAUUUGGAGUACGA